AUGGCUCCCGAGCAGGCUCGCUCAAAGAAGUCGUCCAGGUCAUGGACUGCAUUCAAUCCUCCGCUACCGCAAUGGAUCCUUGACUACGUCUCAUCAAUGGGUUAUGAGCAGCCCACGCCAGUGCAAAAGUCAUGUCUUGAUAUCUUUCGGGGGAACAAGGACGUUGUCGUCGAGGCCGUCACUGGUAGCGGAAAGACACUCGCUUUCUUGAUUCCAGUAGUAGAGAGACUCCUUCGCCUUGACGAAGCAGCAAAGAAACACCAUGUCCAAGCCAUCAUCAUCUCCCCCACCCGCGAACUUGCGUCUCAGAUCUACAAUGUGCUGGUGUCCCUGAUCAAGUUCCAUCCUGAAUCUUCAGAACUCCUCCAAUACGCAAAGAGCGACGAGAAGCGGCCAGCUACUACCAAACCUGUCAUCGUCCCCCAGCUCCUCGUCGGUGGUACAGUCAAGGCAGCCGAGGACCUGAGUAUCUUCCUGCGCUUGUCACCGAACCUCCUUGUCGGCACUCCCGGCCGCCUCGCCGAGCUUCUGUCGAGCCCAUAUGUUAAGACCCCCGCUUCGUCGUUCGAGGUCCUGGUCAUGGACGAGGCUGACCGCCUGCUCGACCUCGGCUUCUCCCCUGAGCUCACACGUAUCUUGGGCUACCUCCCCAAGCAACGGCGUACAGGCUUGUUCAGCGCGUCGCUAAGUGAUGCCGUUGAGCGACUGAUCACAGUUGGCAUGCUCUAUCCUCACAAGAUCACGGUGCGGGUGAAGAGCUUAAAAACAGGAGGCGUCAUCGAGGAGAGAAAGACACCCAUGUCUCUCCAGAUGUCCUACAUCGUAACCCCGGCCAGCCACAAGAUCCCAGCUCUCUGUCAAAUCCUCGAAAAACUCGAUCCCCGUCCCCAGCGCUCCAUCGUCUUCUUCUCAACCUGCUUCGCGGUCAAGUACUUCGCGCGCGUCCUCCACGGCAUCCUCCCCGCCGGCUACAGCAUCGUAUCCCUACACGGCAAGCUCGAACCGCACGUCCGCGAAAAGAACUACGAGCGCUUCGUCACCGCGACCUCCCCCACAGUCCUCCUUACCACCGACAUCGCCGCGCGCGGCCUCGACAUCCCCCAAGUCGACCUCGUCAUCCAGCACGACCCGCCCACCGACACCAAGGUCUUCAUCCACCGCUGCGGUCGUGCCGGCCGCGCCGGCCGCCGCGGUCUCUCCGUGGUCAUGCUCCAGCCAGGUCGUGAAGAAGGAUAUGUGCAGCUCCUUGAAGUGAGGCAGACGCCCAUCACACCACUCGAACACCCACAGAUCUCGGUCACCGAUACCCAAGCGGACGAUGUAGCCAACAAGAUCCGCGAGCAGGCCAAGAAGGACCGGGAAGUCUUCCAGCUCGCGCAGCGCGCCUUCGUCAGCUGGGCACGUAGCUACAUGGAGCACCAAGCAACUUCCAUCUUCCGCGUUGCCGACCUCGACUGGUUCGACCUGGCUAAAGGCUACGGCCUGCUCGAGCUGCCCAAAAUGCCCGAAACCCGUGGUCUGGAUCGGUCCUUGGGCUUAGGUAUCGACACGUCAGCGAUCCCGUUUAAAGACAAAGCGCGCGAAAAGAAGCGGCUAGCCGAGCUGGAGAAGUGGAAGGCCGAGAAGGCGGAGAAGGAGGCUGCUGCGGCGGCAGCCGGCGAAACAGCCGGUGCCGAUGGCAGCAACCCGCUCAAGAGGAAGAAGAACGAGGCUUGGAGCGGGAAGCACGAGCAGGAGGAGCUGCGCCAGCUGAGGAAAGAAAAGAAGCGCAGGAAGAAGGAGGCGUUGAAGAUGGCCAGGAUGACGGAGAAGGAGAAGGAAGAGCUGAGGAAGCUGGAGGAGCUGAUUAAUGAGGUGAGGAAGAGGAAUCAGCAGGCUGCGGCGGGCACGGCGAAUGGGCAGCCAAUGAAGGAGGGUGGGAGUAGUAGUAGUAGUAGUAGUAGUAGUAGUAGUAGUAAUGGGACCGAGAGCAAAGGCGGAGGGAAGGAAUCAAAAGGGGGUGCGGAUGAGGAGAGUGAGUUUGAGGGCUUCGAUGAUUGA